GUCGAAAAGUGAGAAAACUACGAGGAAUGUGAGACCUUCCAGUGCAAGCAAAAAAGACAAUAGGCCUAGUAGUAAAACAUCAGAUAUUCUUAGUAGGGAAGAGGAAUACAAACGCCUAAAUGAAGAAUUGGAAGCUAAAACAGCUAGUCUUGUUAGGGAAGCUGAACAAGUCAUGAGAGGUCAAGAAGCGACCUUGUCUAAAUCAAGAUUGUUGGAUAAUAUAAGCCCUGAUGACUUUUUUAAGGAUAUUGAUGAUGAUCUGACUGACAGAAAUGAAGAUAGAGCUCAAAGGCCACCAUCAAGACCAGAUUCUAAAGUUUGUAAUUCUAGACCACAAUCAAGAACAAAGAAACCCACUUCUUUAAGAACCAGAUCAAAGAGUGGAAGUAAAAGUAAUUUAGCUGAUGAUGUAGCUGUACCUGAGGAUUCAUUUCUAACUGAUUUAAAGGAUUUCUCAAUCAGCAAUACUAUAUCAACAAUAGAAAAACAGGAUUCAACAUUAAUGGAUGAUGAAGAUGAUGAUAUUAUACCUCAAGUGGCCAAUGAUAUGGGAUCAGAAGCUACAAUACGAUUUCUCAAAGCUAAAUUACGGGUGAUGCAAGAAGAAUUAGACAGACUCUGUCAAGAGUGUAGUAAGAAAGAAGAAGAGAAUCAUGGGGUAGCUUCUAGAUUAAAAGAAAUUGAAGAAGAGAGAAACAGAUUACAUAGAACAGUGGCUUCACAACAAACACAAAUAGAUAAAUAUAAGAAAAUAGCGGAAGAUUCCAAAAAUGUUUCUGACAGUCUACAGAACCAACUUUCAGCUUUACGCAAAGAAAAUGAACAAAUGAAAAGGACAUCUAAACAACACACAGCAAAUCAAAGUGCCACUGAAGUACGAUUAAAUAGAGCUUUAGAAGAGAUAGAAAGAUAUAAGGAGCAACUACAGAAAGCUAAAUCAUCAUCAAAGGAUGUAACAGAUCAAGAGAAACGAAGGGUUGAACAACUUGCGAAUGAAAAUAAAUUACUACAAAAACAAAAAAAUGAGUUAAUGACUGGUUUUAAAAAACAGUUAAAACUUAUUGAUAUACUAAAAAGACAAAAGAUGCACAUAGAAGCUGCUAAAAUGUUGCAGUUUUCAGAAGAAGAGUUUGUGAAAGCUUUAGAAUGGGGAAACUAGUAUUUAAAUUCAUACUAUAUAUUUGUAUACAAUAACUAAAUAAUUAUUUUUUUUUAAAAUGUGCUCCAAGAGCUUUUGUCUUGCUGCAUGAUAAAACCCCAAAGAAAUCAAAAAUUCAAAAGCUAAGUAAAGACUGUGACAAACAUGUUAAAUAUUCCUGGUGAUAGGCAAUAGCAGAAAAGUUGUUACAAUUUGAUUGCCAGCUUUUAUUGAUGAUAAUCAGCAUGAUGAAUAUUGUUGGAGAAUUUUAUAGUGUUCACAUUUGUAUUUAUUGAGUGUGUCAUCCUGAAAUAAUAAAAUGGAUUGCAAUACAUUGAGUCUGUUGUGCAACAUUGAUGUUGAUUGUCAUCUUGACUUUUUUUUGCUGCCAUUAUAAAAAAAAUGUGAGAAGUAGCACUUUAUUAUCACAGCACUGUCAUAUUUUACAAAAUUCACUAAAUAAUCAGUCUCUAAUCAGUCAUUCUUCAUUCAACAACAACUAGGUUAUCUAAAUCACUUCUUGUCCAGGGCAUUUACAGCCUUAUCAUAUGCCUUCUUUGCAUAUUCCGGUGUGUGUUCAACUCCCGAAAAAAAUGUCUUCACUCCAGAAUUCCAUGUCUUUGAUAAGGAGCUGCCAACAUCGGAUGCAGAAGGAGCCUUUUGAAGAUAACUAGUUGUUUCAGGUAAAACUGAUCUCUUGACCUUCUCAUAGGCUUUUACACCUUGGUUAUUAGAACCCCAUACACCUUGUUGUACUGUUAUAUAAACUGCUCCUACUCCCAAUCCUAUCUUUGUCAAAUUCUUGACGAUGG